AUGGCACCCAACACUGAGGGCGAAGCGCCCCACAACAACUUCGACACUAUACUCGUUCUCGAUUUCGGCUCUCAAACAAGCCAUCUGAUCCUGCGCCGGCUGCGCUCCCUGGGCGUCUUCGCCGAGCUGCUUCCAUGUACCACCAAGAUCGCCGAACUCACAUGGAAGCCCAAGGGCAUUGUGUUUUCCGGAGGUCCCGCCUCUGUCUAUGACGAAGGCUCGCCCCAUGUGGACCCCGCGGUCUUUGAUCUGAAUGUGCCCAUCCUGGGCAUCUGCUAUGGUUGCCAGGAGAUUGCGUGGCGAAUCGACUCAAAGAACGUUGCGCGCGGAGAGGCACGAGAAUAUGGCCACGCUGACGUCAACGUCACCAAGGUGAACAGCCAUGUCGACCGGCUCUUCGCUGGGCUGGGUGACAGCGUCGCGGCUUUCAUGUCUCACUUUGACAAGCUGAUUAGCCUGCCCAAGGGCUUUGUGGUGAUCGCUGCCACCAAGAACUCCGAGUUCGCCGGUAUCGCGCACGAGGAGAAGCCUAUCUUUGGCGUUCAAUUCCACCCUGAGCUGGAGCACACACCCUGUGGAACCGACUUGCUCCGAAACUUCAGCGUCGAUAUUUGCGGAGCGAAGCCAAACUGGAAAAUGGGCGACUUUGUGCAGCUCGAAAUUGCUCGCAUCCGCGAACUCGUCGGCGACCGGGCACUCGUCCUAGGCGCUUGCAGCGGUGGUGUAGACAGCACAGUGGGAGCCGCGUUGAUGCGCGAGGCUAUCGGCGACCGCUUCAAGGCCAUCCUUAUCGACAAUGGUUGCAUGCGCCUGAACGAGUGCGAAGAGGUUAAGGAGACCCUCGGAAGGCAUCUUGGUAUCAACCUGACGGUAGUCGACGCCGAGGACCUCUUCCUGAGCCGUCUGGAGGGCGUUUCUGACCCCGAGAAGAAGCGCAAGAUUAUCGGCUCGACUUUCAUCGAUCUUUUCGAGAAAGAGGCCAUCAGGAUCGAGAAGGAAGCAGAGAACACACCUAACAGCGGCAAAGUGGAGUGGUUCUUGCAGGGAACACUGUACCCUGAUGUGAUCGAGUCUUUGAGCUUCCGGGGCCCUUCUGCCACUAUCAAGACCCAUCACAACGUAGGCGGUCUGCCCGAGAGGAUGAUGAACGGUCAAGGACUGCGUCUUAUCGAGCCGCUCAGGCUCCUGUUCAAAGACGAAGUGAGGGCAAUCGGUCGUCAGCUCGGCAUCCACGAGUCCCUGGUCAACCGCCACCCCUUCCCCGGCCCUGGCAUCGCCAUUCGCAUCCUCGGCGAUGUUACCAAGGAGCGAGUAGAUAUUGCCCGCAAGGCCGACCACAUCUUCAUCAGCAUGAUCAAGGAGGCCGGGCUCUACGACGAGAUCUCACAAGCCUUUGCUGGUCUCGACACGAGCCGCAGUGUUGGUGUUUUCGGUGACCAGCGGGUCUGGGGCUACAUUAUCAUUCUCCGCGCUGUCCGUACAAAGGACUUCAUGAGCGCGGAGGUGUUCAACUUUGACAACGCCUUCCUUCAGGAAAUUUCCCGCAAGAUCUGCAACGAGGUAGACGGCGUCUCUCGUGUGGUGUAUGACUUGACCUCAAAGCCCCCUGGCACCAUUGAGCUGGAAUAA